CGCCAGCCUCCGCCUCCGCCUUUGGGAGGCCAAGGCGCGCCCGGCGCCCUUCCAGGCCCGUGCGGGGCGGAUUGGCAGCCGCCGGACCGCGACCCUGGGCGGCGCGGGGCCUGGGGGGAGCCUGGAGGCGGGGCCGGCAUGGAGGCGCUGCUGCUGGGCGCGGGGUUGUUGCUGGGCGCCUACGUGCUUGUCUACUACAACCUGGUGAAGGCCCCGCCGUGCGGCGGCAUCGCCAGCCUGCGGGGCCGCACGGCCGUGGUCACCGGCGCCAACAGCGGCAUCGGGAAGAUGACGGCGCUGGAGCUGGCGCGCCGGGGUGCGCGCGUGGUGCUGGCCUGCCGGAGCCGGGAACGCGGAGAGGCGGCCGCCUUCGACCUCCGCCAGGAGAGUGGGAACAAUGAGGUCAUCUUCAUGUCCUUGGACUUGGCCAGUCUAGCCUCCGUGCGGGCCUUUGCUACUGCCUUCCUGAGCUCUGAGCCACGGCUGGACAUCCUUAUCCACAAUGCCGGGAUCAGUUCCUGUGGCCGGACCCGAGAGCCCUUUAACCUGCUGCUGCGAGUGAACCACAUCGGCCCCUUCCUGCUGACCCAUCUGUUGCUGCCCCGGCUGAAGACUUGCGCCCCUAGCCGGGUGGUUGUGGUAUCCUCAGCCGCCCACCGGCGAGGGCGUCUGGACUUCACCCACCUGAACCGCCCAGUGGUAGGCUGGCGGCAGGAGCUGCGAGCAUAUGCCGACAGUAAGCUGGCCAACGUACUGUUUGCCCGGGAGCUAGCCACUCAGCUUGAGGGCACUGGCGUCACCUGCUAUGCAGCCCACCCAGGGCCUGUGAACUCGGAGCUGUUCCUGCGCCACGUUCCCGGAUGGCUGUGCCCACUUUUGCGUCCACUGGCUUGGCUAGUGCUGCGGGCACCAAGAGGGGGUGCCCAGACCCCGCUGUACUGUGCUCUGCAGGAGGGCAUUGAGCCCCUUAGUGGGAGAUACUUUGCCAACUGCCGUGUGGAGGAGGUGCCCCCAGCUGCCCGAGACGACCGGGCAGCUCACCGGCUGUGGGAGACCAGCAAAAGGCUGGCAGGGCUUGGGCCUGGGGAGGAGGCCGAACCCGAUGAAGACUCCCAGCCUGAGGACCCAGGGGCCCCAUCUGCUUUGAGCAACCUUCACUCUGAGGAGCCCACAGUUUCUGAACCCUACCCCAGCCCUCAGAGUUCACCAGACUUGUCUAAGGUCACACGCCGAAUUUCAGUUAAAGCAGAACCUGAGCACCACACCUCCUAACCCCCAGGCUGGGAUGCUUUCCAUGGCACUUGGUUGCCCUUGAAAACCUUAGCUGUGUGCCAGGCCUUCCCUGGGCGUUGAGGGGUUUGCAAUUUUCACCUCCAUGGUUGCUUUCUGGGGCUUCAAGGUGUGUCCUGGACAGCUCAUUUCCUGGUGGAAGGAAAUAACGGGAUUGUUUCUUCCC